CUGAAAGGAGGGUGGGAUUUCAAGAUGGUGUGGUAAAUAAUGUAGCUUGCUUUCGACUUCUUAAAAAAAUUCUAGCAAGUAGAAGUCUUUAAAGUAAAAAUAUUAGUGCAGUUAUUAGGCACGACGAGGUCAAUAAUGCAGAAUCCUGACCUAAAAUGAUGAGGGCUUUGCUGCUGUUGGGUCUCUUUGUGGCCCACGCCUGGGCCCAGGAAGUAACGCCAUGUCCAUCCACCUGCCGAUGCCAGCUAAACACCCGACCCAAUAACAAAACUGUUAGCUCUGCAAAUGUCAGACAGCAAAGUGCAGUCAAAGUUCGAUGCGGUGAACCGGGAUUGGGAAAGGUUUCUGCGAUCAGUGAACUGGACCCGUCACUUUUUCCUAAGAACGUCACUCAUCUUGACCUCUCAAGUAAUUUGUUGACUGAAAUAUCAAAGGCAGCGUUUGCACAUUUACCUCAGCUACAAAAAUUGGAUUUGAAAGACAACUUGAUCAGAUAUUUGGCGCAAGAGGCAUUUUCAAACUUAACAAAUUUAAGGAGACUCGACUUGUCCGGCAACAAGUUAUCCAGGAUCAGUGGUCCUGUGUUCUUAGGUCUGGAGCGUUUGAACUCUUUAAAAAUUAGCCGCAAUGAAUUGACGAGCAUUGCAGAGGGCACAUUUGACGACCUCAUAGCAUUGAAGUCACUGGAUUUAAGUUCUAAUCCACUGAUAUGCGACUGUCACUUGGCUUGGCUUGUGGACUGGCUGGGCAAUGAGUCUGUGAGUGUUGCUUCAGGGUCGGCGUGUCUUUCUCCACCUCACCUGAAAGGCCAUGAGUUAGCCGGGCUUUCAGGACUUGUUUGUCGACCACCUUCCCAGGUGAGCCUAGAGAUACUGCCAGACACAGACCAGCUUGUCUUCCAGGGAGACUCGUUGCGCCUCUCUUGCCUGCUGGUCGGGCCCUCUAAAGAGGCACAGGUGUCCUGGACAUGGCGCGGACAGCAGCUGACCGACAUCCGCCCCACCACCCACUUUUUGCCACACCAAGCAAUGACCGUCAGCUCCCUUUCCAUCUCCGAGCUGCGGCCCAUCCACUCAGGGCCAUGGCGCUGCUUCUGGGGCAACCUAAGCCAGGCGCUUCGGCUCACCGUCCUCACCCCUGAGUCAACGGUGUGCAACGCAACCGUGUCUGAGGACCCAAGAGGUCGGUACAGCUGGCCGGCCACUCUUUCUGGAGAAGUUGCCGUGGUGCCCUGUCCGGCCCUUUUGGGUGCCCGAGCAGCUCGAGCCUGCCUCGACGGAGGACGCUGGGGCCCCUGGGACUCUGGACCCUGUCCUUACUUGAGCAACAUCACCAGGGCGCUUCAGCAGUUUGCCCAGUUGAGUCCUUCGAGACCCAAAGAAGCAGCCGACGCCCUUUCCAGGCUGCUCAGGUUCACAGGAGAUGUCGGGGCUCUGAGCUCAUCAAGAGACAUCGUCUACCUGGCGAGGACUUUAACGAACCACCUCAGUGCUCUGGACCCAACGACCGCCCCCUUAGUUUUGAGCACUGUGGCUGGAGCAGUCAAGCUGCCCAAUGACCUUCUGCAGGAGGCAGAAAUUGAGGAUAAAUCUUGUACAAAAAUGGUAGAGGCGUCGGAAGCUGUUGCCGAACUAAGUGCCGUAUCAUUAGAUGCGAUAGCCGUUCAGUCUUUCCGAGUGAACAGAGACACUUUUAAAGGACUGUGGUGUGCCUGGUAUGAAGAAAAAGGAGGGAAGAGGCAUCUUGACUGUGGUUCAGAGCACCACACUAUGGAAAAGGAGGUUAUUGCUGCCAUUGAGGUGCCAGCAUCACUCUUUCUCCACAUGCCAAAAAGCAAUCGGCUGUCAGCAACGCUGAUGGUGGUUGUUAUGGAAAGUGCCAGCCUAUUCCCAGACAACAGUACUAUAAAUUCUCCAGUAAUCGGAUGUAAAUUAAUUGGAGAAUCUUUGACGGAGCCUCUUGAUUCAACUCCAGUGUGGGUCACAGCCAAAGCUCCACUCGAGUCCAUGCCUGUAGCCUGGGUGAACGGCCGGUGGAAUGAGGUUGGCUGUGCUGUUGGCCGCCUGCUUGGCCCUUUGGUGCUUUUCCACUGCAACUCAUUAGGAUACUUUGGCCUCCGUCACGAAGCCAUUCCUGCCCUUCCAACGUUGCCACCUCCCCUUCCCUCCCGCCUAUCCCCAGCAGCAGCUUAUGCUGCCUGUCUUGUGCUAGGCACUUGCCUUCUCGUGGCCGUUGUCACCUACGUUGCGUCACCCCUAUCAAUGCCAGCCUCCACCAGGCACUCGCUGGCCAACACGUGGUUGGCCAUCGUUUUGCUUUCUGUGGUUUUCAGCUGCGGCGUCCACUUGACCGGAGACGCUAUCGUCUGUCACUCGGUAGGACUUUUGCUACAUUAUCUAACCAUGAGUUGCCUCCUCUGGAUGACUGUAACUAUCAGUGAUCUUCAUAGCAGACUCACUGCCCAUGAGAAAAUUAUUGACGAAGACGAAGAAGAAGAUACCAUUCCCUCUGGACCCAAACCUCUCCUAGGGUUGUACCUGGUAGGGUGGGGCGUGGGCCUCAUCAUAUGUGGAAUUUCUGGUGCUGUCCAUCGAUACACAACCCCGUAUUAUUGCUUCCUACCGCCCUCAUCUGCCGUAACGGCUGCCUUGGUGCCCGGCCUAAUCGUGCUAAUGGUCUUUGGCCUGACCUGGAUUAUGGCCCAUUUUGCAGUUCAGCGAAGGGCCAACGACCCACCUCCUUCUGCCUCUUCUGCGUCCCUUGACCAAGAACGCACUCCAAGGUCGCAGCUUUUGGCCCACUUGGCCAUUUUAUUACUAUUUUUAGCAGCUUGGGGAACUGCCGCUGCUUCCAUAGUGGUCAUUUCCCCAUUUUCGACUAUUCUCUCUUGCGUCCAUGUGGCUGUUUGCACAGCCCUGGGCACCACGGUUCUACUAUAUUUUUGUGCUGGCCGAGGAGAUGUUGCGGCUGAGUGGAAAGCUUUUGCUGACCCUAGGCAGUGGAUAGUGCCUACUUCAGAACAUUGCCAUGGUCAAACAGUUGCUGACAUGGAAAUGGUGACUGAGCAAAUAACAAUGACAAUGACAGAUCAAACCACUAUGACGAUUAUUGAGAAAAAUGAAGUUCAAACUGAAGAAGAGCCUGAAGAUGAAGCUGAACUGCUUCGAAAGAUUGCAAGCUUGCGCUCUGUAGUUCUCCCACCGCCUGCAACCACCGUUGUGUCUGAGGACACCUUUUACGAUCCAAGACAGCUUGGAGUGGCCAGAAAAUUCUUUAGAAGGCAGCGAUUGCGUCAAAAUUCAGACGCUGAGAGUCUGUUUAGUGGCGGCUCCAAAGUUAACAACACAAAUAUUCACCCACCGAAGCUGAAUAACAGAAUCAAUCUCCAUCCGAACAUGAUGAAUGUGGAGCUGUCGGUUCAUAAAAACUUUUUUGAGCCUCCAAGAGCUCAUUCACCAAUGAGCAGCAUAUCUGAAGCUCGACAUCAGAAGAGCAGGUACUUAUCAAGAGCGCAUAGUGCGGAUAACUUGGAACAGGAGAAACGCCGCCGACACAGAACAAGAAGGAAACGGCGACGAAAAACUGAAGAACUGGGAAACGAGUCAGACACCAGCAAACAAGAAACUUGCGUCUGACUAUAAUUCAUGAACAAUUUUCCCUUCUUAGUCAAGACUGCUUUUAUUUAUGUACUAUAUUAUUUGAUUUUACAAAUCCAUGGAAACAAAUAUUGUCAUAUUGAAUUACCUCUGUUUAUUAUCAUAGGAUAUUAUGAAUGCAUUUGUAUUGACCUAUUGACUUUAUUUUAAUAAAAAUAACAAUUUAAAUGAAAAAUUUAUCUG